UCCACAGGAGGCGCUGUGGGGCGCUGAAGCCUGAACUUUGUUCUAGUAGUAAAUGGGCGUGUUUUUCUCCCUGAGCUCAUAACUUUGAGUUAUUCUUCAGGAAGAAAGGACAUGGAAAAAGUGUGACAGGACUAAUCUGCAUCCGAGCCACAGGGCUGCUCCUGAACACCUAAGGGAAUCCUAACACAGGAGAUGGAGGAGUUCUGGUCAGCGGCCCUUUGGGUCCUGACGAUCUGGCUGUACCUCAUCGUCAGUCUGAUCAUGAUCCCAGCCAUGUUUGGCUUCUCACUGGGCAUAUCUGAGACCUACAUGAACAUCCUGGUCAAAACAUUAGAGUGGGCCACUCUGAAGAUACAAAAAGCAAAAACAGAUGAACAAACACUCACACCUUCUCCGUCUAAUGGCCUCAUCCAGAGGGAAGAUGGCUCCAUGGAGAAAGAGUUUGAGGAACUCAGGCGCAGUCGCCCCAAACCUUCAGUGGGUGGUGAUUUUACUCUCAGUGACAGUUUCUAUUUCAGCCGGAGAGGUAUUGAGAGCAUCGUAGAGGAUGAGGUGACCCAGCGCUUUUCUUCCGAAGAGCUGGUGUCCUGGAACUUGCUGACUCGCACUAAUGACUUUCAAUACAUCAGUCUGAAGCUGACGCUGGUUUACGGCAUCGGCAUCUUUCUGAGAUACUGCAUCCUUGCCCCUCUCAGGAUAACACUGGCCUGCAUCGGCCUCACCUGGUUGGUCAUAGGAACAUCUGCAGUUGGAUUACUUCCAAAUUGGAGGAUUAAGUAUUGGCUCAGUGAGUGGGUCCAUGUGAUGUGCUACAGGAUCUGUGCUCGAGGACUCUCUGCCACCAUCCGCUAUCACAAUAGGGAAAACAAACCUAAGAAAGGAGGAAUAUGUGUGGCCAAUCACACCAGUCCUAUUGACAUUGUGAUUCUCUGCAAUGAUGGUUGUUAUGCGAUGGUGGGUCAGAUCCAUGGAGGAUUGAUGGGAGUCUUGCAGAGAGCCAUGGUGAGGUCCUGUCCUCAUGUCUGGUUUGAGAGAGCAGAGAUGAAAGAUCGCCACCUUGUGACCAAAAGGUUGAAGGAUCAUGUGAAUGACAAGACAAAGCUCCCCAUAUUGAUAUUUCCAGAGGGAACCUGCGUCAACAACACAUCUGUCAUGAUGUUCAAGAAGGGAAGUUUUGAAAUCGGAGCAACAAUAUACCCAGUAGCCAUUAAGUAUGACCCAAAGUUUGGAGACGCUUUCUGGAACAGCUCCAAGUACAGUAUGGUUAGUUACCUGCUAAUGAUGAUGACCAGCUGGGCCCUCGUCUGUAACGUCUGGUACCUGCCAGCCAUGCACCAACAGGAGGGAGAAGAUGCGGUCCAGUUUGCCAACAGAGUAAAGUCAGCCAUCGCUCACCAGGGAGGACUGGUAGAUCUGCAGUGGGACGGAGGCCUGAAGAGGGCAAAGGUGAAAGAGUCCUUUAAAGAGCAGCAGCAAAAGCAGUACAGCAGCAUGGUGGUGGGAGAUGACAGCAGCGGCCACAGUGACUGAGAUCCUCAAGCAGCAGGCUGCACAAGCCCCAGCCCUGUUCUUGGAGAUUAUACACUGGAAAACCAGCCUUUUCUCUUUAAAAGCAUGUUCUUAUUCACUGGACCUUAUGGCGAGUACUGCCAAGUGGACCUCAACACAUUGUGAAACCUCAGGUACUGCUAUCAGGAGGAGAGUGUAAGUGAUUCUGAGAAUCACAAGUGCAAUAUAGAACUUUUUGUAAAAUGGACUGACUUUGGGUUAAAAGGAAAGCUCUAUGUUUUAACUGCUUUUGAAGGUACUGUAUUGUUAAUGCUCUUAAUGAAAUGUGUGAUCUCAAAUGAGCCACUGUUUAGAAAAACUGAAAUUAUGUCUCUGAUCUCACCAGUAGUCAUUAUGUUUUUAAAUACAUUUUAGUUAACACUUUUAACACCUGUGGUGUGAUCGAGCAAUGGUGAGAGAAAUGUGGAGGUAGCUGUGAUAUUUUUACAAUUUAACAUCACCAAUUCUUUUGUCCAGAAAGACGAUUAUGAUUGAAAUAUGGAUUUUACACCUUUUGGUAUUUAACUGCAACAUAACCAAUAUUGACAAGCACCAAUUUAACAAGGUGUAAUGUAAAAACAACUUUUGAACAAGUUCCCUUUUUUGGAUUUUCUCUAAUUUACUUCCUUUUUUUGCACGGUGUCUUAAGUUACCCUCGACCCCUCACUAUUUUUUCACUCAACUGGAAAGGUUAACUAAGGACACAAGAGACACGAGGGUUUGGCACUUAAAUAAUACAUGACGAUGAUGAUGUUGAGAGUGAGAAGCUCAGUUCAUUAAAUGUCCACACGAGAUGUGUCUGCCUUAAAGGAGAACACACAGCUGAGACUUUUUGGAUCCAUCUCCACUGGUUGUUUUCCCUGAAGUUUGAUCCUCAGUGCUGCUGUUUCUCUGUGGGAUCUCCUCUUUGGCCACUAAACGCAGAUUAAAGAAGGAAAAAUCACUAUGGACACAAUCCUGGAACGUAUUUUGUUUGAAAUGAUAAGUUCUCUCACCUUCACUCUCAUCCUGAACACUUAGAGCCGUGUGCUCCUGCACGUUCUGUGUAGAAACAAACGUCACGUUAAUCACAGUCACAGUAUCAUAAAGUCUCUGAUAGCUUUAGUUCUGAACUUCUGAAUGUCAGCACGUACCGGCAGCACGUUGAUUUUGUUCUUCUUUUUCUGUUCUUGGUAUCUGCAAAUAUCAUCAAUGAAAAGUUUACAUGUCAGAGAUAAAAAUUGAACUGAGUCUGUUUUUUAGUGAGACAGCCACAAGAAACUAAUUCUAUGUUGAAGUAUUUAUGAGCCUGAUUAGUGCUCCCAACAUCUGUCUCUUUCUGCACUGUUCAAAUAACAAAGAGGGUUAUGAUGCAUGUAAAAUGAAGCUUCUUUUAUCACCCGGCAAUAAAAGCCAAUAAAGCUGCUCUGUGAAAAAUGUUG